UGUUCCCAUUUCAUACCAGACGUGUUCCCUUUUUGACCGCCGUCUGGCCAUCUGCCCAGCCUUUGGAGCACACGGUCUAACCCGGACAACACCCAAGUUUUCAGGCACCCUUCGCUUCUUCGAUGCCUGGGCGACGGAGCAUUAUUUUAGAAGGCAGUAAGGACGACUCACGGCAACGAAUUUGCAUCAUUAGUGCGGCCAAUUCGACGGUCCCCUCCCAUCUUGUACUAAUGACUAUUUCAAGCCACGAAGCCCUGGGCCUGCAGCCAGUACAAGCCGCCGGCCGCAGGUACGCAGCUGAGUCUUUGUUCUGUUCCUCUUCGUGCGUUUUUGCCGGGACUUCUGACUGCGGUCCUUCUUUGUCACGAGGUCGUCUAAAUCUAACGAUCCGGCGCGAGCCGGAGCCAUGCCAUGACGAAGGAGGAAGAAGGGGGGCGGGGGGCGGAGCGCCAUCCGUUGUUCCCUCGGGUGCUCAAGUGACAGCAUCGACGGAGGCGAGGGCCCGCACUAACCGCCAUGACCCAUACUCCCUAGGUAUUUUCUACCCUCAGCAGGCAAACAAAGUGGCCAAGGGUUUGGAGAGGCGAGUGAAGGCAACAUUGUAUCACACAUGUCAUGAUAGCUGCAAAAGCAUUGAUUCAGGUGGACAAUCCACCAGCAGUCCAGAGCAGAUGGGACACACAGUCGCGGGCUUGCAUCACUCCGCCUUGUUUAUUUUUACCCUUCUUUCCUCUUGACUUUUCGCAUUCUCUCUUUGUCUCACCGUAUCUCUCUGUUCAACCCGUGCCCUCCUUUAUUUCUCCUACCUAUGCAAUCGACGUCGGUGGUCUCGUGUGUCGUCCGGCCAGUGCCUGGUUCGGCUA